GGCGAACGAGUGCCCUGUGGCCGUAGUCUUAUCCGCUAAUAUCGCCUACAACGGUCUGUUGUUGUUCUCCUUCGCCUAUUUCGGGUGGCAAAUCCGCAGGACGCAUCGGCUCUUUGUGGACUUGCACACGAACCUGCGGCUGUUUGUGCUGUACUUCACUGUGUACUUUGUCUACUUUCUGUGGGCCGUCUUGUGCAACCAAGACACCUGCUUCGUCGCCGUGGUGGAUGUGGUGACGUACCUGUUCCCCUGUGUUGUUGUGAUAAUGGCUGUGGAUGAGUUCGGUCUCAUCGUCCCCAGAGUGGCCGCGCGCAGAUGGCUCGAUAUGGAAAUACUUACCAAAUAUGAACUCGAGGGUGCCUACUACAGAGACCUCUCGGCCUUAUAUGAUUUGCAGGAGUUGCUAGCCGAUCCCCAAAGUGUAUGUACCGUUCAAGGUUUAGGGUUUUGGUUUCGAUGA